GGAUCGACCUCUGGCUUUGGGGGCGGGGCCUGGGGACAAGAUGGCUGCCGCGCGCCCGGAGUCGCCGAGUCUGAGCUCAGCGGGCCCGGAGCCGCGAUCCCCGGAACCUCCGGACCUGGUCCUGGUGCCUGAUGAUGGCCGCCCGGCCACCCCCCCGAGCGACCUCGUCGAGAUCCAGGUGGUGAAGGUGACCGACACCACGCUGGUACCUGAGCCCCCAGAGCCAGGUUCUCUCCACUGUGCCUUGUGCCCAGCUGUCUUCCGGCUGGUCUCCGAGCUGCUGUUCCACGAACAUGGCCACUUGGCAGGAGCUGAGGGCGGCGGGCAGGGUGGGGACCCGAGCCGGUGUCACGUCUGUGGCCGCAGCUGUCCAGGGCCCGCCAGCCUCCGUGCCCACUACAGCCUGCACACGGGAGAGCGGCCCUACCGCUGCCCGCUCUGCCCCCGGGCCUUCAAGGCCCUGGCGCCUCUGCUGCGGCACCAGCACCGACACGGGGUGGAGCCGGGGACCUCGCAACGGCCUCCGGAGGCGGCGGCGGCUCGGGAACAGCGGCCCGGCCUGGCGCAGGAGAGGUCGGAGGUGGUGAUGGCCGCGGCGGCGGCAGGCGCGGCGGUGGGGAAGCCUUUCGCCUGCAGGUUCUGCGCCAAGCCCUUCCGCCGCUCCUCAGACAUGCGCGACCACGAGCGGGUGCACACGGGCGAACGGCCCUACCACUGCGGCGUGUGCGGCAAGGGCUUCACCCAGUCCUCGGUGCUGAGCGGCCACGCGCGCAUCCACACCGGCGAGCGGCCCUUCCGCUGCACCCUCUGCGAUCGCACCUUCAACAACUCCUCCAACUUCCGCAAGCACCAGCGCACCCACUUCCACGGGCCGGGGCCUGGGCUGGGAGACUCUGGAAGCCAGCCGGCAUCGGGGGCCGAGGGGCCGGGGCGUGGGUGGGGGGCAGGAAACACUGUGGAAGAGGGGCGCGGGGAGACGGCCCAAGUGAAGGUGGAGGUCGACCAGUAGUCUGGGAGAGCAGGCCCAUGGGAAGCAGGUGGCAGGUGCA